AACAAAAAAAUUGAUCAAGUUGGUUACUGGGUGCAGGACAGACACACAGUGAAGAUUUUACCCAUUUACACACUUUAUAUUACCCUUAAAACAACAUAAUACACAACUGCGACAAUGGCAACUGCAUACAGAAAAGGAGGUGGUCUUGGUGCUGGACAGCGAAAAAAAACUGGUCCCAAACCUGAGCUGACAGAGGAACAGAAGCAAGAAAUAAGAGAAGCAUUUGACUUGUUUGAUACUGAUGGCUCUGGAACAAUAGAUGCUAAAGAACUAAAGGUUGCAAUGAGAGCUUUGGGUUUUGAGCCAAAGAAAGAAGAAAUAAAGAAAAUGAUAUCAGACAUUGACAAAGAUGGCUCAGGUACAAUCGACUUCAAUGAGUUUCUACAGAUGAUGACAGCAAAAAUGAGUGAAAAGGAUUCCAAAGAAGAAAUAUUGAAAGCUUUUAAACUCUUUGAUGAUGAUGAAACGGGCAAAAUAUCAUUUAAAAACCUAAAGAGAGUAGCAAAGGAAUUAGGCGAAAAUUUAACAGAUGAAGAACUGCAGGAAAUGAUAGAUGAAGCAGAUAGAGAUGGUGAUGGAGAAAUCAAUGAGGCAGAAUUCCUUCKUAUAAUGAAGAAAACAAGUCUAUAUUAAGCCCUGUACUACACACAGCUAUACUUAUUUACUAACUUUACAAACACUCAUAAUGAAGAGCUAAAGACAAGUAUUUCUUCUCCUUUCCAUUCUGUUCAUCCAGAAUCUGAUCUUAUGGGAAUACUAUCUUUAUUAUACAUAUUUAUUAGUUUUUGGUGCUUAUCAUAUCCUUUUAUUUCUUCCGUAAAGGAUAUCAACUUAAAUGGGCCAUAAUAAUAUCUUGAUAGAAAUCUUUUUUCAUGCAUUUUCGAUGUAGAAAGAGUCAGCUUAUAUAUAAGGAUUAUACUUGUCUUGAAAAUGAGUUACAUAAACUCGAGCUGGAUUUUUGGUAAAAAUUGCAGCCUAAAAUAACUGCUUUUGUAGGCAGCAAAAAAAUCCUUGGUACAUUUUUGCAUUUAACACAAUUCACAAAAUCAGAAAUUUAUUUGCAUAGGUGCAUGGAUUAAAAUGACCACUACAUACAAGGCACCAUGACUAGUCUUCUGUAACCUAUAUGUCUGUACACAUACACAUAGAUAUAUAUGCAAUAUUUGCUCUGCUUCUUAUUCCUGUUAAAUUUUCAAGUGAUUUGCUCUCAGUAGCCCUGAAAUGAUUGUAAAAGAAACUAUAAAGAACUACAUGGUUGUACAACUAUUUUAGAAAAAGUUUGAACCAAUACCUUGGGUGUUUUAUUUUUGUAUAUAUGUCAAGUUAUUAAUAACACUUUAACAAUGUGGCGAUUACAGAUGGUAUAUAUAAUGCUUGUUGUGAUUCAGAUAUCUCUUAGUUUUGAGUCAUGGUGACAGUGACCUGCUUUGCAAUUUGACAAAUGAUUAAAAGGACAUAUGCUGGCUUCCAGUGAGUCUUGAA